CGCACACGCAUACACACACACGGUUUGCGUCGCCUCACGCCGUAAGUGUGUACGUGUUGCGCGCCGCUGGGCUGGCGGACAUACACUGUUCUCGUAGCGGCGAGUCUCGGCGCCCCCGGAGUUGGUUCCCGACCCGCGGCUUUUGUUACGAAUUUGGAAGUGCGGUGGACACGCGCGUGCCGAGGAGCGAGCGAGAGACCGCGAGCGCGGGCACCGUCGUUGCCGAUCGCCGGACGAAUAGAGAAACGUUCGCGGCACGCGAGUUGGAGAGCGGUGAAUACGAGUGCGCGCGGCAGGAGGCUCGCGCUGCUUCACGGCGCCUCCGCCAAGAGAGGUUAGAAUCGGGGACGUACGCGGCCGACACCGAGAGCUGCGCGACUCGAGAGCGGGUCGAGAAAGUGGAGGAUUCUACGCGAGUGGACUUUCGAGUAUCGCCCCGCUGUGUCGUCGGGUGCCGUGUCGAAGGGACGGGACGAAUUACGGGCCGCGGUUUCUGUGAUAAAGGUGGGGACGCCCCUGUAGUUCCGCCGAGCGACGCGUUCUAGAAGCAACUCGGCGGCGGCGGCGGCGACGACGACGACGAACGGGAUCGCGAACGACGACGAAAAACGACCGCGCGAGUGCUGGUGGUGUUGUACGAUCGCGCGGUAUGAAAAAAUGAUGUGAUCGACGGUCAUCAUGGCGGCACCCAUGCUAAAGUGGAAGCGGAUCGCGAAUCCGACCGGGCCCCAGCCGCGACCCAGGCAUGGCCACCGGGCGGUCGCCAUCAAGGAUCUCAUGGUCGUUUUCGGCGGCGGGAACGAGGGUAUCGUCGACGAGCUACAUGUGUACAACACGGCAACAAAUCAAUGGUUUGUGCCAUCCACGAAGGGAGACAUUCCGCCAGGUUGUGCGGCAUAUGGUUUUGUUGUUGAUGGCACACGCAUCUUUGUCUUUGGUGGAAUGGUAGAGUAUGGCAAAUAUUCCAACGAGCUGUAUGAACUACAAGCGAGCCGAUGGGAAUGGAAGCGCUUGAAACCAAAGCCACCUAAGCACGAGUCACCACCAUGCCCACGAUUGGGACAUAGCUUUACCCUCAUUGGUAACAGGGUCUUCCUAUUUGGCGGUCUGGCGAACGACAGUGACGACCCGAAAAAUAAUAUACCGAGAUAUCUGAAUGAUCUGUACACGCUCGAACUUCUUCCCAAUGGCCAAACAGCCUGGGAUGUGCCGCAAACGCACGGACACGCGCCACCUCCCAGAGAAUCCCAUACCGGAGUGGCAUACACCGAUCGUACCACAGGCAAAUCCUGUCUGGUGAUUUACGGUGGCAUGAGUGGUUGCCGACUAGGAGACUUAUGGUUUCUCGAUGUAGAUUCAAUGACUUGGAACAAGCCAGUGGUUCAUGGACCCACCCCUCUACCGCGAUCACUCCAUACUGCCACUCUAAUCGGUCAUCGAAUGUAUGUAUUUGGAGGAUGGGUGCCAUUGGUCGUCGAUGACGUUAAAGUCGCGACACACGAGAAAGAGUGGAAGUGCACGAGCACGCUCGCAUGCUUGAACCUAGAAACUCUUACUUGGGAACAACUAACUGUUGAUUCCUUGGAGGAGAAUGUUCCUCGUGCUCGUGCUGGGCACUGUGCGGUUGGCGUACACAGUAGACUUUACGUAUGGUCUGGUAGAGAUGGCUACCGUAAAGCUUGGAACAAUCAGGUUUGUUGCAAAGAUCUGUGGUAUCUUGAAGUCAGUAAGCCAGCGGCACCUUCCAGAGUUCAGCUGGUUAGGGCUUCCACGCAAACGUUGGAAGUCAGUUGGACAGCGAGCCCGUCCGCACAAUAUUAUAUUCUUCAAAUACAAAAGUACGAUAUGCCACCGGUAGCGGCGACUGGUACCUUCCCAGCGGUGAGCGCACCGGCACCGACUGCGCCUGUCGUCAGCACGCCUGUUGCAGUGACAACCUCAGCGAUGGUAGCAACUCCCACAACUAUACCUAUCACAUCUCCGCCUGUGACCACUGUCGCUGCUCUUCCACCGACUACACCACCUGUUGCUGCCGCCGCCCGAGCAUCCGUAGCGACAGCUGUGACAACGGCAGUGGCAACCCCUUUGCGAGUUCAAAGUGCAAGUCCCGUACAAAAACCAGUAGCAUCGCAAGCAGUGCAAAAGCCGACGAGUCCUAUGACCCCGAGAGUUGCAACCGGUAAUGUUAUACGUAUCCGGUCGCCUCUGGUCACUUCCACAGCAGCAGUGGCUACAGCGACGGCGGUGGCGGUAGUUACUACCGAGCAGCAACAGACACUUGUAACUACUAUUACCACUACCACUGCCACUACAACUGCGGCUGGUCAAACGCCCGCUGCUAUGUCUGGAAUCGCCGCUUUGGCCGCGGCAGCAGCAGCUACCCCAAAGAUUAACAUGAAUAAUGUUUCGAUUGUGCCACAGACCGCAGUCGCGGCUGCGACAGCAACCAAUACUAUCAGGAUGAAGAACGUUCAACCAGGUCAGCAGAUACGUUUCGCCGCGCCCGGCGCCACAGUGUUGCGCACCGCCUCGCCGCAACAGAGCAAACAGAUCAUACUGCAAAAGCCAGGCCAAAAUAUAGCCGGCCAGCCGCAGAUCGUGCAUCUUCUAAAGACCGGACAAGGGAUGGUGGCCACGGUACCGAAAGUAAGCCUUAUUCCCGGCAAAAGUGUCCAAGCAACCGGCGCGAAACCUCUCAAUCAGGGACCGACAAUACUGCGCUUGGUAAAUCCUAACACGGUUGCGGGAUCAAAAAUCCUCACGACUAUGAAGACGUCCAACAUAGUGGCGAUGAGCAAAGCACAGAACAUUACGGGAAAGCAAACCAUAAUGAUCACCAAACCGACAGGAAACAGUGGAUUGGUCGGAAGAACCAACCAAUUCAUCGUUGUCACCACGGGCUCUGGUCUAAGAGCCGUACAGGCUGUAACAACAUCACAAGCUGGUGCAGGACAAGGAGCUACUUCCGUAGCUACUCCUGUAAAUGUUCUGCCAUUAUCAGCUACCAAUCAUGUGACGAAUCAGCAAGGUGUCAAAAUGAUUGUUGUUUCCUCUGGGGCAAUGGGCGGUGGAACUGCUGGCAAACCUUUGACCAUCACGGUCCCAGGACAAGGUGGUGUACCAAAGACAGUGACUAUUGCUGCGAAGAGCGGUACGCAAGCUCUUUUCAAUACUGGCAAGAAUCAACUCGUUACCGUACCGCAAAUACAAAAGACACCUGAAGCCGUAGCAGUAUCUGGAAAGCCGGUGACUCUGCAAAUGUCCGCUGGUUUAAGCGCAAAGACGGUGACGCUUUUGCCAACAAGCAGUUCCGUAGUAACUACUUCUAGCGCGUCAGAUUCAAUAGAUACUAGCAAAAUGCUGUUUGUUUCUUCGCAAAAGCAACCUUCAGCCUCUCUGGCAUCUACUUCAGAUGGUCCCGCUACUACUGAUGCUGCGUUAGCCGCACUAGCUGCAGAAGCUGGUCUGAUAGACCCGGUACAAGAAUCGUCGGGUAGUUUAUCAUUUAUGGUAGCUACGGAUGACGGUGCUGGCGGUGACGAUAAAAUGGAGGACAGCUGUAACGGUAACGAGGCGACUACAGCGGCCGCUUUAGUUUCUCAAAUGGGUGCGGGAGAAUCAAUGCAAGUCGACGGCGAUGGAAACUUCGUCCUUCCGCAAGUAGACGGCCCGAUAGACGAUCUCUUACUGGAAGGUGAAGAAAAAAUGGAUGUAGACGAGGAGCCAGCUUCGGAAAAUACUACCGAAUCACCUAGCACUGAAUCGGCGGUAGUAACAGAGCAAAACGUUAACGUAUCUGAAAAUAUUCAGACAUCAGAGAAAUCAAUCGUGAAAGAGGAAACUGCCAUAAAGAAUGAAGAAGCGGCGACAACCGACCUUCCUGAAUCAAUCAGUCAAACUAUAAAAACUGAAAAUGUUGAACCACCAGCCGGUGACGAAGUUUCUAUGAAAACUGAUGUUGCAGAGUUACCAAGUGAAAAAGAGACAAAUGAUCCUAAAUCAAUAGUCAGUGAUGUAAAAGUAAAAUCCGAAUCGCCUUUAGUACAAUCAGUCGCGGAGGCUUCAUCCGAACAAACGCCUCUGAUGGACGUCGCAGAUCCAAUGGAAAUCGAUGGGAUUCAGCAAGAUGAUAAUAGUCUGGUGAAAAACAUAAAGAGUAAAUCAGUUUCUGAAAACGAAAAAUCGCUAACGUCUGAAAAUUUAACCGAAGAUACGAACACAUCACAUCCUCCCCAAGAUACCGAGAAAAUUGACAUAAAAGACGAAGUCCCAGAACUGAAAUCUGAUCUUCCAACCGAGAGUUCUCUUGCAAAAUCGGAUGACGCCGAUGAAUCGAUCAUACCUGAUAACAGUACAUCGACUCCGGCAGAUAAUGUAAUGACUCCCGUUGUUGCACCAAGCGUUCAAUUGAAAUUGGAGCCUGACAAUGAACCUACGGAACAGGACAAAUUGCUCGAUUUGCCCAUAUCGUCGAUCAACGGUGUUGCUGCACCCCUCGAGAAGGAGAUGGAAAAAGUACAUACACCCGUAAAAAUGGAGCUGAAAGAUGACCUCGCUAUUUCAAAUAGAGAAAAUCUGAAACAGGACAAGCUCAACGACGCCAGAUCAGAGACUGGAGACGAUUCAACAGCUUUGACAACGUUGGCUACUGCUGCUUUAGGAUCGGCAGAGCCAGCGAUGAAAGUUAAAAAUGAACAGAACGAAGAGGAGAAGAAAGAGGCAGAAUGGUAUGACGUUGGAGUAAUAAAAGGAACUAGUUUUACUGUUCAACAUUAUUAUCUUCCUGGUGACGAGCCGUUAGAUAUAACGCAAUCUUUGACAAUGGAUGUUUUUAAAGGAAGAGCUAAAAUAGCGUUAGAACCCGGAACUGCCUACAAGUUUAGAGUUGCCGCUGUGAAUAGUUGUGGACGAAGUGCCUGGAGCGAGGUAGCGGCAUUCAAGACGUGUCUUCCGGGAUUCCCGGGUGCACCGAGCGCUAUAAAGAUAUCAAAAUCUGUGGACGGCGCACAAAUUUCAUGGGAACCGCCGCCUAGUAACGUGGGGCCCAUCCUCGAGUAUUCCGUCUACCUGGCAGUGCGAAGUACCGCGUUGAACAAUGACGGAGAAGCAAAAACAGUUGUGUCGAAUCCAAAUCAGUUAGCUUUUAUUAGAGUUUAUUGCGGUUCGAGUAAUUCUUGUUCGGUGAACAAUAGUGCCCUUAAUGCCGCUCACGUGGACACCACUACGAAACCGGCCAUAAUCUUUAGAAUAGCAGCACGAAACGACAAGGGAUACGGACCAGCCACUCAAGUCAGGUGGUUGCAAGAUCCAACCACUGCGGUAAAAAGUAAUACGCAAGCGAAGAGACCCGCCAGCACAGACCUACGCUCGCAAGUGACUUCCCCGCAGAAGAAAAUUAAAACAGAACCAGCUAGUGAUAAUUUCUCGUGAGCCUGUUCUUUCCCUGGCCUCGUACAGCCGAAACUCCCACAAGCAACGCUACUCAUUAUUUAAUUUUUACACGCCUAACAACGAUAAUGAAAUCAAUGUAUUACCAGCUGAAUGACGUGAUAUACAAGUAAAGAACGAAAGAUAUGAUGAACGUGCGAUGAGAGAAAAAGUGAAAGAGAGAGAGAGAGAGAAGAGAUAUACAUAGACUCAAGUCUAUGUGUAAGGAUUGACGAAAAGUAUUUUUAUUAAUGUUCAGUUUGAACGUCAACAUCUUUCUGUACCGCGUUUCUUACUCGCUGUCAUCCUUUUUUUUUCGUGAAAGUGCGCGAAAAUUUUUGUAAAAACAUAAGUACCGUUAAUAAAUGACGAAAUGAUUAUUUUUUCGAGUUAAGUAAGUUUUUCCAUAUUUAUAAUGUUUUCUAACGGACGGUACGACAUAUCGCAUCUAAAUGCUCACAUUUGCAUCACGGUAAAAACACGGCUGGCACGUUCACGCUUUUAUGAUUUUCUCGUUAUCUGAUCGAUGAGUUCGAUGUAUGAGAUAUUGUAUGGGAACGAAUACCGGACAGGAUUCAAUAUUUUACAUAUUUGUUUAAAACUAUAUAUAUAUAGAUAUACAUAUAUAUAAAUAUCCGACGGAAAUUUAUUUUAAACAUCUAAAUUCUUUAUAAUAUAUUUAUCAUUGAUGGAGUUCUACUAUUCUUUUUGCAUUCACCGUUAUGUGCAGAAAAAGUUCGCGUUUGAAAUGUAGGUUAUUUAGUGUACAUAAAAUUCUUGCACUGAAAAAGAUAUGUUCAUCAUAUUCUGAAGUAAUAAAAUAAAUACUUUUUGAUAAGGUAGAAUAAUUGGAAGAUAUAUAUAUUGUCUAACCUUUGAUUAGUCUCCUACUUCAAUCUGCUCGUUUACGUUUUUGUUUCACGCAGUAAGGAAAGCUUUUAUUGUGUCAUCGAUUCAGUUUUGCACGUGACAAUCGGUGCUACACAUUAUUCCGAUACUUUUGUUACUGCCAAAUGCGACAGGAAUAUGUUAUUGACACUAGAAAAAACGACCCGUAAUGUAAAAUUAUCCAUAUUAAACGUGUAAUACUAAGUUACUUGUAUGCUUUUGUCAAACAAUUGCAACGAUGCAGAGAUAUUUUGUAUAAUAUAUAUAUUAAAUGAAUUAUAUAUAUACUAUAUAUGUAAUUAAUGAAUAUCUUUAAGGAUCGGGCACUAGGAUGAUUAUUCUUAUUUUAGUGGAUAUAAAAGAAAAACUCCAUUGGAAGUUAAGGAUAUUUUUAGACAGCAACGAAACAAUUGUUUGAAUAUUGAUAUAUCUAAAUAACAAAAAACUGUAGGCUGUAUGUCCUUAACGUAAAUUCUAAUCUUUUAUAGCGCUAAGACAAGUAAAUAGCAAAUAAUUGGAAAAUUAAUGCGCGAAGGAAAGGUAAGAGAGAAACAUACGUUAUCGCAUUAGAAGGGGGACAUGUAAUAUCCCUAACACUUUUUUUUAGCAUAAUAUACUUUUAAAUCAAAAUACUGGCUAAGCUUUUGAUUGAUGGGAAAGUUGAUUAUAGAAGCAGUCACGCUUCUCACGGUCUCGCUUCUCUCGAUUGACUUUGGGGCUAUGUUGAAGCUGCAAUAAUUUAAGCGCGUAUUUUUAUUUUAGAUUAUCCAUAUACACUAUGCUUUUCGUUAUCCAUUUAUAGCAUAAGCAAGGUAGAAGAACACCAUGUACUAACACAGCGUCCCGAACGCUCGAUCUGUUAUAUUGAAGUUUUGCGUUUACAAAGUUUACUUCACUAGGAAAUCUGUAUGUUAUAGAAAGAUUAUCUCCAAUCGCGAAAAUAUUCUCGUGAUACUAAUGAAUUUUACAUUAAAUGUACAAUUGUCCAUCUUUUAUAUGGGUUCUUGUACCCUUUAGAAACAUUGCCCGGAAAUACAACAGAUGAAGGUAUAAUGUAAAUGGGAUAACUAAAAUGUGGUAUAUAUAUUAUACUUUUAAAUGCAUUGUUUUAAUAUCGUUCUGAUCUUCUAUUAAAUUAUAUUUAAAAAAAAAAUGAGAAUAAAAAGACGGCUAUCUCUGUACCAUUAAUAAUUAAUAAGGAGUUGCCAGAUGUUUAAUUUUGUUUGUAUAUUUUGUUGACAGGAGAUGACACUAAUCUGUAUCUGUGUAAACAAGCCUUGUGCAUAAAAAUAUCUUGGAAUUGUCACUACUAUCACGCGUUUCACCGGUAUCCCUUUCUUUGUAAAUCGCCUGCUACCACUGCAUUUAUACUCUUCACCGAAGUAUGUCGUGCAAAUAAAUAUAGAUAAAUUUCUUAUACAAUA